AUGUCUGUGUACCACGAUGGCACCCAUCAUGGAGCUUUCAAAGACCUUCUCGACCACUCAGGAGCCCCUACAAUGUCGACAGACGAGUACAAGAUUGCAGUGCUGGAUGUAGCCCUGUCAAGCACAGGAGAAUUCAGCCGGUCUUCUCUUGGCUUCACCACGACAUCAACGCUAGUCAAGGGUCAAGCCCCAGCAUUGAGAGUAAUAUUUGCACCUCUUGACUAUCCAGAUUCCGGCACAGCAAGUACUCUUCUGACACUCUUCGAACAUUUCUCCAUCCCAACGACUUUCUUGUAUGAAAGGGUACAGAGCGUGACCCAUUCUUUCGGACAUGAAGAGCUUGACAACGGCGCCUUCCGAUCAUGGUUUCACUUCCUUUGCAAAGCUAUUGAGCCCAAGCAUGACAACAUUCUGUGGCUAAGAAGUGCAUACUUUUUGCGUCGCGAUGAACAUGGCCUGCUGACCUUGAUCUGUUUCGGUGCAUCCAAUCCUUUGGUUCAGAGGCUCGAGAGCUUGCCAAAGAGUGUCUGGGAUAUUGUGUUGACAAAUCCUUUCAAUUUGUUCAACACUAUACUAGCAGAUUUGCAUCGCCAGGUCGAUGAGCAACUGUGGACGUUGAAUCGAUACCACGCCAUCGAUUCUACGGUGGCCACUAGCGACUUUGAUCAAAACUGGGUGGAGCUUCAUUACAUCGCAAAGAACAUCAUACACAUCAAGGAAGCCGUCGACGCCGUCUUGCGGACUAUCUCACACAUCGUGAGAGCACAGUCUGAGGGCGGAGUAGCUGGUACGGCUGAAACCCGAAAGACAAAUUUAGCGCUUCAUUAUUCGGAGAGUCUCUUUGAGUCAGUCGACCUGAGAGCCAUUAGCAUGGAGAAAAGGAUGCAGAAUGUGAUCAACCUGAGCUUUAACCUCGUGGCACAGAAAGACAGUAGCAGGAUCAAAACCGAAAGCAGCUCGAUGCACACCAUCGCUCUCACAACAUUGAUUUUUCUUCCCAUUUCUACCGUCGCUAGUAUAUUCGGCAGCGCAUUCUUCGAUUUCAAUGGUGGCAACACAGAGGACAUGAGCCUGUCGAGGCAUUUCUGGGUCUUUUGGGUCAUCAGCGUUCCUUUGACGGUUGCGGUCCUGACAGUAUGGAUAUACUUUCAUCCAUCAAAUGUCUGGCGCUGGCCUGGUCUGAAAAGAACACGGAAGUUUGAUAGAGAUGCAUACCAGAUGCUUGACUUGACCAAGAAAUGA